ACGAGGCGCUCGAGCAGCUGGUCGGCUCGGCAGGCGUCACGGUGACCCUGGUGGACGGCGACGAGGUGUUGACGUCCACCGUCCAGCUGGGUGGAAGCGGGGAAGAGGGCUCUGACGAGUCCUGGGCGCUGAGGGACCUGCUGCUCCUGGCGCUGCGUGGCCAGGGGAAGGAGGAGGAGGAGUUCUUUCCGUUUUUCGCGCCACCCGACACACCGCCGGAAGAGUCCACGCUGCCCUUCGGACACGGCGGCGUCCCCUUUGACGUGGACCCCGCCGAAGGGAAGAAGAACCAGUCUCAACCGGGACCUGGGCCGCCCUGCUUGGACGACGAGGACCUUCACGCACCCAUGGCGGCUCUGGCCGAGGACACUGAGGACGCUGACCCUCCGCCCAGGGCGGACAGCCCGGGGGAGGUGCGAAAGUUAACGGCGUUCGACUGCGCCGGCGCCGGCAAGCUCGAGGAGCUGAAGCGCGUGGCGCCAGACCUGGGGGAGCUGCAGGGGACGAACCUGACGCGCGAGCACCUCGAGGUGAUCCAGGGGAUGGCCAAGCUGCGACGCCUGGACGCCGUGGGCCCGCAGAUGUGGUCAGACCCGUUUCUGGUGCCGCCACUGGCGCACGACGGCGGCCUCGAGUUCCUCCGGGUGGGGCUGUCCGCGCUCACGGCGGCCUCCCUCAUCUACGCCCACAACCGCACCCUGCGCCACGUCCAGGUCCUGCUGCCCCUGCAUUGCCGGCCCAGUGCCUGCUUCGAGACCCUGGACUACCACCUGGGCGGCCACGUCACGGAGCACAUCCUGCGGAGCCCGUGGUUCCCCCGCCGCGAGCCCGGCGACUUCCCCGUGCUGGAGCGCGUCGAGUUCAUCGAGGAGCCUCGGUCGUCCUACGUCAUGAACGCUUGCUGGAUCGUGGGGAAGGACAUUGACAGGGUCGAGAGAAUACUCCCGGGGGUCCAACUAAAGCAUACAUGCCCGCUGAUACCAUUUGACGAGUCUGAGAAGGACUUGGAAUACAUGCAUUUGUUUUUUUAAAAACAAUUACAAGCACGUAAACUGGGACUUCCCCGAACUGAUGUGCGUUGAGAUGUCAAUCAUGGAUACUUUGAUACCCGAUCUCCACUUCACGACCUACUGAGAUUUAGCAGAUCCAUGUUUGGCGCAUUCCAUUUUGAGUGCCUUUGUCUUAAGAAAUGUGUUCAUAUUAGUUUUUUACUCUGUAAAAAACUUGAAUGUAUCAUUUUUUAAAAAUUGCAUGAUAAAGUGCAUAUUUUCAAUAGACCCUGUUAUGAACGUUUUCCUUGGC